AUGUCCAAGAUUCUCACCGUCGUCGGUGCCACUGGCAUCCAGGGCAGUUCCGUCGUGGCCGCGCUGCUCAACAACCCGACCUACACCAUCCGCGGUGUCACUCGCAACACUGACAGCGACAAGGCCCGCGCCCUGGCCGCCCAAGGCGUGCAGGUCGUCCAGGCCAACCUCGAUGACCUCGAGUCCCUGAAGCGUGCCUUUGACGGCUCGCACGCCAUCUUCGCCGUCACCAACUUCUUCGAGCCGCUCGCCCUGACCAGCGACAUCGCCACCGCGAUGCGCACCGAGACGCAGCAGGGCCGCAAUCUCGCCGAUGCGGCGGCCGCCACGGCCGGGCUGGAGCACUACAUCUGGUCUUCCCUGCCCAACUCCUCGGAGAACACAAAGGGCCAGGCAGACGUCUGCUACUUUGCGAGCAAGAACGCCGUGGACGAGCACAUCCGCACCGACCUGCCGGAGCUCUGGGCCAAGACGACGCUCGUCUGGUUCGGCUGGUACGCCGGAAAUAUGGGGUACCCUCUCUUCACGCCGCACCCGCUGGCCAACUUCGACCCCAGCAGCAGAGACGUCGUGCAUCUGAUCAACGUCCCCGGCGGGACUCUGAUUCCGAUGCUCGGCAGCACGGCAAUCAACCCGGGGCUCUUCGUCCGCGCCAUCCUCGAGCAGCCCGCCGUUACCUUGCCGGGCAAGGCGGUCGCCGGGAUUGUCGAGUACCUGUCCGUGGAGGAGCUCGUCGCGUCAUACGAGCGGACCAGGGCCGAGGCAGCGGGCAAGUCGCCGGGCAAGACGCACGUGAUCGAGGUCAGCGAUGACAAGUACGCCGAGAUGUGGCCAGUCUGGGGCGAGGCUCUCGGUACCUCCCAUCGUUACAUGGAGGCGCUGCCUGGCCAGUGUAUGAGCAGCGUGCACGGCGAGAUUGAGGUGUUGCACCGGGGGGACCUUGCCGGGCUGGAGGGGUUGGUGACCACCGAGCAAGCCUUUCGCGACAUGGCAAAGGCAACGGCUGUGUAG